UUGUGGUACAAAACACACAUGUGUCAAAAAUGGAUGUUGUGGCAGCUAUUGACGGGUUUACAAGUAUUUAUUCAAGUCUGAACAGUGAACAAUCUCUUGAGUUUUUAAACUGGGUGAAAGAAAAUAUAAACGACCUCAUCGAUAAACAGAUAAAAUCCAAAGGCCAUGACAGUGAUGUAGUGUUGGAGUCAAUUCGAGAAGAUGUCCGCUCUCUUCUCCCUCUGAACGGAGUCACAGAGACAGAGAAAAUAUGCAUUCCUUCUGUUGGUCCGAAUGCAGAUUGUGAUAAUCUCACAACUGAACAUAUAGACGCCUUCUGUUUUAAUGAUGAUGACAUUGAUGACUUGUGUGAUGAAGGACAGAUGAGCAGAAACUACUGCACAGACUGCGGAUCUAGAAAUGUCCGACCUUUAACCUUUAUAACCCACUCGGCCUCUGUGAAGGAGAUUAAGUACAUAUUCCAACACUUACUGGGGGACCUCAGGGGCAAAUCAGUGGUGGAUGUGGGGUCCAGAACAGGGGCCAUUCUUUAUGGGGCCUACUUGAUGAGUGAGGCAAGCUGUAUAGUGGGGGUAGAGAUAGAUCCCACAUUUUGUCAAGUCCAGAACCAAAUAGUCACAAAGUACAAUCUACAAGACAGAGUUCAGGUGUACCAGAAAGACAUCCAGCAUUGUGGUCAACUCAUCCAACAAGCUGAUGUUAUUAUCCUAAACAAUGUGUUUGAAUUCUUCAUGCCACUCGACACACAAAAAAGUGACUUCAUCAUGCCAGAGAUUAAGUUGCGAGCGGACAAUAAAGAUGACGACACUCACCUCCGUGUGGUAGACAUUGAUGGCUACUAUAUACCCACCUUUCCGAUCGAAGAUCACGAAAAACACUUCCGGUCGAUGCCAGGCUGGAAAGCAAGAAACGAUGACGUCAUAAUCAGCGCUUAUCCAAAAGCUGGAACACAUUGGGUAUGGGAAGUCGUUAGUAUGCUGGUCCGGCGAAAAGCCGAGCGUAUUCCGGAAAUCAAAGAAAUGGCCAUGAUGGAAGGAAUCACCGAACAAAUAUUCGAGAGUCUUCCUUCCCCUAGGAUCAUGAACACGCACGUGUAUUUCCAGUACCUGCCCAAUGAUUUUUUUGAUAAAAAAUGUAAAAUUGUGUACAUCAUCCGUAAUCCCAAGGACAUCGCUGUGUCGUUUUACAACCAUCACAAAAAACUUCUGGAGUACGAGUUUGAUGGACCAUGGGAUAAUUACCUACAACGAUUCAUUCAAGGAAAAAUGGACUAUGGGUCUUGGUUUGAUUACACUCUGGAAAUGGAGAGAUUUAUGGAGAGUCACCCGGAUUAUCCUAUCCACGUGAUUUACUACGAAGACAUGAAAGAGGACAGCAAUACUGAAAUUGCAAAGCUGGCCCGGUUUUUGGGGACUGAAGUUAGUGAUGAGUUAAUUCGGAAUAUCGACAGUCUCUGUCAAUUUGAUGCAAUGAAAAAGGAGAAGAAUGUGACGGAAGACGUGACAGAGUGGAGAGAUAAUAAUCCUGGGAUGUACAGAAAAGGUCAAGUUGGUGACUGGAAAAACUGGUUCACUGUCGCCCAAAGUGACAUGUUUGACUCUAUCUACCAGCAGAAAAUGGCCAAAUCAAAGACAAAGAUUAGAUUUUGUAUUUAGAAUCAUUAUUUUAUUCCAGCUGCAAAUAUUUUGUACAGUGUCAUGUUGAAGAAAUGCAAUUUACAUAAUUCAUGAAGCUUAUUUUGAUGAUUACCACAGUGCAAACCUAAUACAUAAAUAUUUUAGAUAUGUGGUUGGGUUUCUUUUCGAUUUCGUAUGAUUGUUAUCAUUUUGAGCUUUUUUUUUAAAUCGGAGUAUAAAUCUAUGCUAGUGAUUAAAGUUUGAUCAUUUUACUCUGUUGAAACUUCAUUAAAAUUUCCAUUGACAACCGAUGUGCAAUAAUAGAACUGUCUGACGUGAUCGUAUGAGCAUCCUCUGACCUGACCUGAGGAAGUGUCUCUUUACCAAACAACAAAGAUAAAUAUUUCUAAUCAGAAGUGAAGAAAAGCUGCUAAUAGUUUUCAAACUUUAUCUUGUUUAAUUAGAGUAAUUUCCUACAAGGCUGGCACGUUAAUUCCGGACCUUCUGUCACUUUGACUUGUUGUUGAUGACUUGGCGGCCGGUGUUGUAAUGAUUAAAAAAUAUGUAGCGGAACAGAUGGUAUCCAAUAUCAGUCAGAGAUACAGGAUUUUGAUUAGAUUUUAGCUACUUUGUUUGAAAUGAAAAGUGAUAAAAUAAAAUAUAUUACUCUUUUGA